GCGGCCAACGUGCUUCCAGUUUUCCCCCUCGGUCUCGUGACUUCCGGGUCGGCCGUGGCUCGGGGGCGGGGCUAAGUGAGUCGCGGGGGGUCAGCUGAGGGGCGUGUGAGCGGCUGGUGGGUGUUCGGUGGUAGCAGUUCGAGGCUCUCGGAAGCAGCCAUGGAGAAGCUCCGCCGGGUGCUGAGCGGGCAGGAUGACGAGGAGCAAGGGCUGACGACACAGGUGCUGGAUUCUUCAUCUCUUAGUUUUAGUACUCGAGUGAAGUGGUUCGCAAUAUGUUUUGCAGGUGGCAUUUUGUGCUCUAUUCUUGGGACGAUAAUGCUCUGGGUUCCAGUUGGCGGCAUGAAGCUUUUUGCUGUAUUCUACACCUUAGGAAACAUUGCUGCAUUAGCCAGUACUUGCUUCUUGAUGGGUCCUGUGAAGCAGCUGAAGAAGAUGUUUGAACCCACAAGAUUAUUGGCAACACUUGUUAUGCUGUUUUCUUUUAUCCUAACCCUAUGUGCUGUGUUUUGGUGGCAUAAGAAAGGGCUAGCUGUGCUGUUCUGCGUAUUCCAAUUCUUGGCAAUGACCUGGUACAGUUUGUCAUAUAUUCCUUAUGCCAGGGAUGCUAUAAUAAAAUGCUUCACAUCGUGCCUAAGUUAAAGUGAACAAACAGGAAUUCUUCUGGAAGCCAACUCCACUUACCUAAAUUUACUUUAGUAUUUUUCAGUUCCUGAAACAGACAUCCUCCUUUCACAAUAGAAUCACUUCUAAAAGUCUCUGUGUGUCAUGAAUACUUAAAUCUAUGAUAAGCUUUAAAAGUAUUGCUCUCCUCACAAAAUGGUCUUAAAUCCAUUUGGAUUACAUUCUGCUAACAUAACCUAAAAGUAGAUGGUCUUGAGGUUUCAGGAAAACACAUGUAAAUACUUUGUCUUCAGUUUUCUAUUUAUCUUUAU